GGGUUAAAUUCCGAAUCUGACCCGAAACCCUACAAACCAUUUUCCUCAGUUUCUCGCUCUCACUCUCUCUCUCUUCACACCUUCGCCGCUCAGUUUCUCACAGGUUCACUUUUUCCACUUUCUCUCUCUGUGUGUGUCUCUGUAAGUGUGAGAAUUGAGAUUUAGGGUUGCAGGAUUUGGAGUUCCCUCGGACGAUGGGUUUCUUCUUUCAUAUGGUCGAAAUCCCCAAGGCUUUAACCCUAGCAUUCCUGUUUGGAUUUUGGAGCAGUCUUAAAUUUGUCGUGAUAGCCUUCCUCAAUGGUUUGGGGCUUUACAAGCCGCCGCCAGAAGAAGACAACGACAAUUCCUCCGGCUACCACCCCAACAGUUACAUUCUCCUCCUCGACGGCACCUCCCCGUCUCUCGUCCCCAUCCCCAUCCACGUCGCCACCGCCGCCGUCAAACGCAAAGUUCCUAUUGUCUUCUUCCGCGACUACCUACAACAACGGGAAGGCGAAAUGGAAAAGGACCGCUGCUGGUGCUGCUCCAUCUGCCUUGAAGAAAUUGAGCUGGAUCACGAGGUCAGGGAUCCAGUCACCUGUAAUCAUGUGUUUCACCGGCCGUGCCUGGACACUUGGGUCGACGAGGGUCAGGUCACCUGCCCCGUUUGCAGAUCCAUGCUGCUUCCUCGGAAAUUGACUUCUUUCCGCCUAGAAAUGCCGGCGCCGGUGCCGGAUCCGGAUGUCAGAUAGAUCAUAGAUGUCCAUGAUCGGACUAUCGGACUUUUCUCCUGUAUAGUGUAAACUAAUAUUAUCAUUGACUUUUCUUAAGAAAUGGAUAAAAUCAUGUAUUUUACAUAUACUCUUUGUUUUUCACUCUAUAUUCUAAUUAAUUACACUAAA